CGUCACAAUAGCGGCUGGCCAGAGUCCCUACCCGGUCCCAGCCGAUCGGGGCUGGUUUGAGCUGGUGCGUUGCCAUAGCGACGCCGGCUGCCCUAUAUAUAGGAGCGCCGCGGCGGUGGCGAACCUUUGUCAGCCUCGGCGCCCCGCUCGCUCCGCAGGCCCCGCUCCUCCUCAGGCGGCAGGGCGCCUCCCGCCCAGCUCCUCGCACCGCGCCCGGCUCGCAGGAGGAGGAGGAGGCGGCUCGGAGCGAGGGGACCGGCCGCCGCCGAGGCUUGACAGCAGCUCCCGCCACCGCUGCCUGAGGCGAGGCGAGGCGAGAUUGAGUACAUCAUACAGUUGCUGAACAGAGGAGAACUUGCCUUCAAGAUAGCAAGAUUUUGUGGAGUGUGCCUCCUUGGUUCUGAUUAAAUUUGAUCUGUCAUCUAUUUUCUACUUAAAUCCUUUCACGUAAACCUGAAAUCUUGGAAAUCAUGAGUAGCUUCAGCAAUGAAGAAUUUGAAUUCACCUUCCUUGACGAAGGCUUUACUGCCAAGGAUAUCCUUGACCAAAAAAUAAAUGAAGUGUCAUCUUCUGAUGAUAAAGAUGCCUUCUAUGUUGCUGACCUCGGGGACAUUGUAAAGAAGCACAUGCGAUGGCAUAAAGCACUUCCUCGGGUAACCCCCUUCUAUGCUGUAAAAUGUAAUGACAGCAAAGCUGUAGUGAAGACACUUGCUGUUCUUGGUGCAGGAUUUGAUUGCGCCAGUAAGACGGAAAUACAGCUGGUACAGAGCAUUGGUGUACCCCCUGAGCGAAUAAUAUAUGCAAAUCCCUGCAAACAAGUAUCUCAAAUCAAACAUGCUGCCAGCAGUGGUGUACAGAUGAUGACAUUUGAUAGUGAAGUAGAACUAAUGAAAGUUGCAAGGGCCCAUCCAAAAGCCAAAUUAGUCUUGCGCAUUACAACUGAUGACUCCAAAGCAGUUUGUCGUCUGAGUGUUAAAUUUGGAGCCACGCUUAAGACUAGCAGGCUGCUUCUGGAGCGUGCAAAAGAACUUGACCUUGCUAUCAUUGGAGUUAGUUUCCAUGUUGGAAGUGGAUGUACAGACCCAGAGACCUUUGUUCAAGCCAUUUCUGAUGCCCGCUGUGUGUUCGAUAUGGGAGCUGAACUUGGCUUCAAUAUGUAUUUGCUUGAUAUUGGUGGUGGCUUCCCUGGCUCUGAAGAUGUCAAGCUUAAAUUUGAAGAGAUCACCAGUGUAAUCAACCCAGCACUGGAUAAAUACUUUCCUUCAGAUUCUGGAAUAAAUAUUAUUGCAGAGCCAGGAAGAUACUAUGUUGCAUCAGCAUUCACGCUGGCAGUCAACAUCAUUGCAAAAAAAAUUGUAUUAAAGGAGCAAACAGGUUCUGAUGAUGAAGAUGAUGCAAAUGACAAAACUCUUAUGUACUAUGUGAAUGAUGGAGUCUAUGGAUCAUUCAACUGCAUCUUGUAUGAUCACGCACAUGUUAAACCAGUUCUGCAAAAGCGGCCUAAACCGGAUGACAGCUGCUAUUCCUGCAGCAUAUGGGGACCAACAUGUGAUGGCCUAGAUCGUAUUGUUGAGCGUUUUAAUAUGCCAGAGUUGCAAGUUGGUGACUGGAUCCUGUUUGAAAAUAUGGGUGCCUAUACUGUUGCAGCAGCUUCUACUUUCAAUGGAUUCCAGAGGCCAACAAUACACUAUGUGAUGUCAAGACCAGCAUGGCAACUAAUGCAGCAGAUCAAGGAGCAAGGGUUCUUAGCUGAAGUGGAGGAGCAGGAUGUUGCUAGUCUGCCACUCUCUUGUGCCUGGGAAAGCGGAAUUGAAUAUCCAGCAACUUGUGCUUCAGCUAGUAUUAAUGUAUAGGUAAUACUUAGUAAUUAACUGCAAGGUUAGUCAUUGAAUUUAGGGCAUUUGGGGGACCAUUAACUUAAUUCUUGCUAGAAUUUUUAAGUGUUUUUUUAAAGUUUAGAUUGGCAUAAAUGCAACAAAAAUGUCUAGGAGAUGGGUCACAAUUAUCUGUGUUCCUAUGGAAACUAUUUGAAUAUUGUUUUAUAUGGAUUUUUAUUCACUUUUCAUGUAUGCUACUAAAGACUGACCCUCAACUGUCAAACAAGUAUUUGUAGCUUGUGUAUGGCAGAACGGGCUAAGCUUAGUGUUUUGUGACCUACCUGUUUUAAAAUAAAGUAUAUUGAAA